AUGUUGGGUAUACAGGCAAAAGAAAGAAAUUACAAAUGGUCAAUUGUAAUUCAUACGAAGAUUUCCAGCAGAAAAGGCUGAACACGUUUGCUUACUAUGAUAUCCAAGGCCUAUUAUGCAACUUUUUCAAUAGACUGCCUAUGCAAAUCUUUGAUACCCAAGUAAUCACUUUAAAAUUUGUAAACAAAACCCACAAAGAACAAGGACUGCUGGUUUGACAACCCGCCAUGCAGAACACCUGUUUUGCAGUUAAUUACAUAGGAGGAGAUACCUAUGGCAUUGUAAACCUGACUUUGCUUAAGUUAAGUUAGUUAUGCGUCAGAUGACACAGUUUAAAAACAACAAAACAUAAAUAUAUUUUUAACGACCAACGGUGGAUCACAAAGCAGACACGAACAAUGUCUUCAAAUCAAGAAAGAAGAUUGUUACAGACUGUAUUUAUAGCAUGUGUUGGAUUGUCCUUCAUAAACUUGUCACAUUCAACUGGAUGCAAAUCGCCCUUACUUGAGAAAUGUAUAUGUGGAAAAGCAAAUUACGAUAGACAUGUGCAAUAUGUAGUCAACUGCACCGGUACGGGCUUUACCAACACAGAGAUGUUAGCAGAUCUUCCAGAAGAAACCCAAGUGCUUAUCUUUACAGGAAACCACAUUCCAGAAUUACCUUGGAAUGUUUUUGGCGAGAUGAAGGACUUAAGUGUAUUGAAAACAAUUGAUAUGAGUAAUAACGACAUUAGAGAAAUUAAAGGUAAAUCAUACCACCAUGUAACUAAUGUUGAAAGGCUAAUUUUAAACCACAAUAACUUGACUAUUUCAAGUAGGGGAGAUGAAAAUUUCCACCAUCCGCGUGUGUUUUCAAAUUUUGUCAACUUAAUUGAGCUGCAUUUAACUAAUGCUUUUGCCGAUAACACAGAUGAGGCGCUGGCGAUCGACUUGCAUGACAUUUUUGUAAACAGCAAUUUAACAAAGUUGUACAAAAUCCAUUUAGAACAAAAUGAAAUCAAACGAUUUAGGGAUCAGUAUGUUUUUUGCGACCUACCUAGUUUACUAGACAUUUACCUGGGCAAUAAUUAUAUACCGAGCCUAAAUUUUAACAUCACUUGUAUUGACAAAUUGAGAUUUUUGGACUUGGAAAAUAACAACAUGACUUAUCUUUCUCAGACAGAUUUAGAUAACUUAAAUAGAAUGACGUACCCCGCUCGGAAUCACUCUUUAGUUAUUGACAUUGGGGGAAACCCCUUCAGAUGUGAUUCAGCCAUAAAAGAUUUAUACGUUUGGAUGCAUACCACUAAUGUGACUGUGCGGAAUAAAGAAUUAGUACAAUGCCGGGAAGAAAGGUUGGGAAAUAAAUUUAUUUACAAUUUAAAUAGUCUGGUCGACUCAAAACAUGCGCGUGUUUCCCGAGCUGUUUCUGUUUUAGUUGUUGUAUUGUCAAUUAUUUUACUAUCACUUUUCGGCGCUUACGUGUAUAUUAUUAAAGACAAACUUCACACAAAAUUAACGCCCCUGUUAGAUAUUGUGUCACGCAAGGUUCACUAUACAACAAUUGAAUCUCAAGAUGUCUAAUUUAACAAUUUGUAAGUACGGUAUCCAUAGCAGUCUAAAUUUUCAAUGUUGAAAACAAAUUCUUAGUUUACUGCACUUUAUAUUAAAACUAAAAAAAUUAUACUUAAUACAUUCCGUCGUAGUUUUAAGAACUGCUAUGUCACUGCCCUUUGAUAAUGAUAGGUAACUAGGUACAUACAAAUAUUGUAAAUAUUAAUUUACGGUGGUAUCUUUGUGAUGUAAUAUAUUAUGCUUUUGUAAAAUAUUUUGUUAACUAUUUUAAGUAAUUCAACUCGGUGCUAAUUUAUAUAUUAAAUU